GGGGGUCCGGGGCUGGUGGGGGGCAGCCGCGGGGCCCGCCCGGCGCUCAGCUCGGCCACAAGCCCCGGAGCCUCUCCAGCAGCCAGGUGAAGCGUCUGGCCUCCUUGGUGGACCUCCGGCGCCUCUGGGGCUCCUUCCUGAAGCCCAUGCUGAUCGAGCGGUACCCGGGCAGCCCCGGGAACAGGAAGGUGCGGCAGUUCAUCGUGGAUAGCCUGGCCACGCUGGCUGCGGGCUGGCGGGUCGAGCUGGAUGCCUUCGAGGACCGGACCCCGCGGGGUGUCGUGAGCUUUGCCAACGUAGUGGCCACGCUGGACCCCGCUGCCGGGCGGCGCUUGGUCCUGGCCUGCCACUAUGACUCCAAGUACUUCCCCCGCGACCGGCAGGGCCGCACCUUCCUGGGGGCCACCGACUCGGCCGUGCCCUGCGCCAUCCUGCUGGAACUGGCCACGGCCUUGGACGCCGAGCUGCUGAAGGCCAAGGAGCAGGGCUCCGAGGUGACGCUGCAGCUGCUGUUUCUGGACGGCGAGGAGGCCUUCGGGGAGUGGAGCGAGAGCGAUUCCCUGUACGGGGCACGCCACCUGGCUGAGCACAUGGCCAAGGCUCAGCACCGGCCGGACACCAGCCAGCUCCAGGCUAUGAGCCUGUUUGUCCUGCUGGACCUGCUGGGGGCCCGAAACCCGACCAUCCAGAACCACUUCCCCCUCACCGCCUCCUGGUUCGACCGGCUCGUCGGCAUCGAGAAGCGUCUGCACCAGCUGGGCCUGCUGCAAUCCCACCCCCGGGCGCAGACGUACUUCCAGCGGGAGCCUGCGUAUGGGCAUGUUGAAGAUGACCACGUCCCCUUCCUCCGCAAAGGAGUGCCAGUGCUGCACCUCAUCGCCACCCCCUUCCCGUGGGUCUGGCACACGAUGGAGGACACGGAGCAGAACCUGCACCCCCCGACCGUGGAGAACCUCUGCAAGAUCUUGGCUGCCUUCCUGGCUGAGUACUUGUGGCUGUGAAU